CUCACCACCGACACCACCUGGACCCCAGAGCAGACCAGCACAGCACAGCAACCGCCCACCCACCAGCCUGUGAUUGAUUCGCACCGAAAAAGCUGUCUGCUUUUCUCUUUCUUCUCCCUCUUUCUUGUUGCUUCCCCUGUCUUUCUCCAUUCAAAACCCCACCUUCACCUCUCUCCCUUCAAUUCCCCCCUCCAUUACUCUAUUUCUUCGCCCGGAAACCAACUCAACCAACCCCUUUUCCAACACACAUUCAGUUCCUUUCCCCUUCCCUUCAUUGAAAGAAAUGAGCUCCUUCGUCCAAGGGUUCCAGAAGAGCAGAUCCGCCGCCCUCCCGGUGUCCCAACCAGGCGGCGGCUGCGAGCAGGGGAGGAGACUGUCCUCCUUCUCCUCAUUCUCUUCCGUGCAGCCCAUAUCGAGCUCGCUGUCGGCGAUGAAGCAUCGCGCAGGAGACGCCAUCAGAAGCUGGGGGGAGUGGGGCGGGAUCCUGCCCAAGAAGCCAGCUCAGGAUCUGGAGACGAACUAUUACGAGGAGGCCUAGUAGUAACUUGAUUUGCUUUUGGCGUGGAGCACAAGCAAAGAAGGAACACCUUCCAUUGAUCUAUUUAUCAAAAGGGAAAAUUCGUUUUGGUAUGAAUUCAGUUUUUUUUUUUUUUUUUGCAUUAUUAUUUCGUUCUGGAAAAAUAUAGUACUGUGAAUGUUUUUGAUCUUUGGAUGCGCUAUAUGUAAGUAAAUAAUAUUCGUGCAAAUUACGUGAUAUUUAUUUUGCAUUCUAUUAUGUGAUUCGUUCAUUGCCUUCAUACACACGGAAUCGUGUGCUUGAGACGGAAUCAUUGCCUUCAAUUAUUUUGCAGUAUAAUUGAGCUUUCGCCAUUGUUGAUGAUGCUUUGGAAGUUAUAUUUGCUCUAUACUGUUAUGAACAUCACUCUCCCAAAUACGUUCAAAUACUUUAUACCCUCGUACAUCACUCUCCCAUAUAAAUACAUCACAUUCAAUAGA